AUGCCUGAUCCGAAGAGGAGACUCAGCUUCAAUCCAUUCAGCUGGGGUAGUCACGAUGAAAACAAUGCUUCAGAGGAUCCCGAAUCGACCGGCCGUGACAAUACGGUGAAGGGCCCGAAUGAUGAUGAAUUUGAGAAAGAUAUUGAUGUUUCUGAUACACAUUUGAAAGUAAAGGGUGGGGAUGAUGCAAAUAAUUUGCAAGAAAAAGAAUUGCAUUCCACAGAUGAUGACACUCAUCAACAUGGUCAUCUGGAGCAUGGUGGUAGUAUAAACAGCACCUCACGUCAUCACACAUUCCCAGAAUCUUCUGAAAAAUCAGGAGACAAUCCUCAAGAUAACACGACAGAUGGGUCGGAAGAGGGUGGAAAGCAUUCUGGAUGGAGGUUCACGCGGCGCCACACCAUGGAGCCGAGUCGAGCUGCCAAACAAAACAGUUCCCCAGCCAGACCACCAGAAAGGCCACAGUCCAUUGAAUUUGAGCUCCCACCUCUGGAUCCAGUGACGCUGAUUGGAUAUAAUGAGAACACAAAGAGCCGGCUAAUGACCGAGUCGCUUAGUACCGAAUUGCGUGACUUAUUACCAGAACGACUUCAAUUGUACUCCACCUGGAAGUUGUCAUAUAGCCUAGAACAGCAUGGCGCAUCACUCCACACGUUAUAUUCGAAUGUCGUUCCUAAACCUCAGAAACGACCCGGUUAUUUAUUAGUAGUCAAAGAUAAAAAGGGUGAUAUUUUCGGUGCCUAUGCUAACGAAUACUUCCAUACCACUGAAUCGCGACGAUUCUACGGUAAUGGUGAGUGUUUUCUAUGGAAAACAAGCAGGCUUCCCAAUGGAGAUAUACGAUUCCAAGCAUUUCCUUACACAGGAGUCAAUGACUUUGUCAUAUUCUGUGCACCGAAUUUCUUGUCUAUGGGCGGUGGUGACGGACAUUAUGGCUUGUGGCUAGACGAUAAUCUCGAGCAUGGCGUUUCCAGUCGCACAACCACAUUUGGGAACGAAGUGCUCAGCUCGGAGCCGAAUUUUUAUGUUGUAGCACUUGAAGUUUGGUGCAUCGGGCCCUCUUGA